AUAACACAAGAUUCAAAAACAUCGCAGUCAAUCCAUUUCGCGCUUUACUUUUUGUAAAGAUGGCAAGUGAAGACCGUUUGAAUUAUGUGGUGAAACAAGUUACAAAGAAUUUAGGAUUGAAGAAUUAUAAAUACACAAGAAUUGGCCUAGAUGAAACGAUUGAAAAUUAUCUGGGAGAACUUGAAUUUAUUACGAUAACCGGAGAAACAGAUGAUGGAGAAAUUAAAAAGGAUAUAGUUGUAAAAUUCGCACCGAACAGCGCGGAGCUUAGAGAAUGGGGAGCUCUUGAUGUAGUAUAUAGAGUUGAGACAGCUGUGUACACAGUUUUACUGGCACAUUUCAAAAGAUUAGCUAAAUUUGAUACAAGAGAACUGUUCCCGGAAUUUUUGUAUUCGGAUUGUGAGCAAUAUAAAGAAGUUCUAGCCGUGUCGAACAUGUGUAGUAAUGGAUUCCGUAGGUGUGCUGGUAACAGAUUUCUUGAUGCAGAUCAUAUGUUAGUUUCUUUGAAAUCAUUAGCUAAAUUUCAUGCCCUUUCAAUGAUAUUGAAAAAUGAUAUUAAGAAAACAGAAGAUUGGAAUAAUUUGGUGCCAAAUUGUUUUGAAUAUCCACCUAAAUAUACGACUUCUUUGAGGUUAUAUCAUGGCAGGGGAAUUUAGAUAAAUUGGUAGACACGAAACAUAGGAAUGUAUUUAGAAUUAUUGAUGCUAAUUUUGAUGACGUCAUCGUCAAAAAUACGAGGGAUGUAAAAUGUUUGAUAUACGCGCAUGGAGACUAUUGGAAAGAAAACAUAUUGUACAAAUAUGAAGACGACAAACCUGUUAAAGCGUGCAUAUUGGACUUCCAAAUGACCCGUAUGUUUUCACCCGCUCAGGACUUCCUCAGUUUUGUAAUUACUAGUUUCGACAGCAAACUCAGGAGACAAUAUUACGAACUAUUUUUGUCAACAUAUUAUGAUUGUUUGAAGGAAACAUUUUCAGAACAUGGCUUGAACUCUGAUGAUUUUUAUUCUAGAGACGACUUACAUCAUGAUUUUAAAUCAGUAGCUCCAUAUUGUAUAGUUUAUGUUAAUUUAUCAUUUUCUUUAUGGCUUGGUCUGGAAAAUAAUGCAUUUGUAAAAAGCAAAAAUGUCAAUUCAGAAGAUAAUGCAAAUGUUUUACAAUAUAAAGAAAUCAUGGCUGGGAUUAUAGAAGAUUUUCUACAAUUCGGCUAUCUGUAAUUCAAAUAAUAUUACUCGCCAUUUGUUUAAAAUUGUUUAUUUUUAAUACAUUUUAAAUUAAA